AGUAAGUCUGUUGAACAGUGGAGACAGUUUCACUGUGAUCUGAACAACGUGACAGCCUGGAUCCAGGAGGCCGAUGAGAAAUUGGAAGGGAUCAAAGAUGUCAAGGAUGCAGAGAAACAGAAAGAAGUUCAUCGUAAUGUAGAGAGCGGGAUCAAAGUCCACCAGGGCACUGUCAAUAGUAUGAAUACUGCAGGAAAUGAAAUCAUACGACAGUUGUCUACCCCUGAUUCAGAACUUUUCAGAGAAAGGCUCGACAGAAUCAAUCAAAGAUGGAAAGCCUUGACUACAAUGAUACUAAGCCAUCAAGACAGUUUCGACUCUGAGAGCGUAAAAACGAGUGAGUUCACAGAUGACAUGGAUGAAUUGUUCUAUUGGAUAGAUGAGACAGAAAACAUUCUUAGCAGCACUGUACAUGUGCGGGCAGAAGAGGAGCAUAUUGAGGAGCUGCUGGAAAAAGUCAAGGACCGUGAGGAGGACAUUCUAUCACGUCAGCAGUCUCUGCUAGCAGUGACUGUGAGUGGAGAGAAGAUGAUUCAGAGGGACGGCCUGAGCUCAGAAGACAAGGAGAAUAUACAGAGGGAUUUAGAGAACCUGAACGCAAGAUGGAACAAGGUUGUCACAGAGAUCCCUCAGAGAAUAAAGGAACUUGCGGAACGUCUACAGAAACUACGGAGCUUUGACGAGGAGUUAGUGGAGGUACAGAACUGGAUCACAGCUACCAUUGAGCUGCUGGAGACGCAGGCAGGCCCUGCUGUAUCGGCCACAUCCAAGGAGGAACAAGAUUCUGUUAUUGUGGAUCCAGCGACGAUGAAUGAUGCUUUGGCUGCUCGCCAACAGCACGUCAUGGGAAUCAAUGAACGAUACCAGAGAACUUUGAUUGAUUGUCAACAAGAUGGUGUCCCCGUUCCAGAAAAUGUUAUGCUGAAAGUUGAAAAGCUGAACAUUGAUUGGUUGAAAGUAAAGGAGCUGGCAGCCAAUCUGAGAUCCCCAGAUACUAGUGUGGAUGAAGUAAUGGUGAAAGUAAAAGCCAGUCAUGCUGAGGCCGAGCCUAGCUCUCCUUGGGAGAAGUUUGAUGAGUCUGUCACUGAACUGAAAGACUGGUUACAGGUGUUAGAGGAUAUGUUACAGUCCAAGGUUGUAACCGUUGGUGACUUGGAAGAAAUUGAAGAGCUGAUUCUUAAACAGAAGGCUGCCUUGAACGAAUCGAGCUCUGAGAUACAGCCAAACCCCACGCUUAAUGUAGGGCCCACGGGCUUAGAGGACGUACAGGACUCUGUGGUAGAAAUUAAUGGUGACUGCUCAAAGCUUGAGAAUAUUCUCCAUGACAUGGCCAGACGGAAGAGCCAUUUGGACGACUUGCUGACAACAGCUGAUACCUUACCAGCCCCUGAGAAAUUAAACUCCAGAGUUGCUCCACAGCAGCAAGCUCAUGAACUGAAAAAGUACUGGGACAAGGCCUUUGCCCAGGUUAGCUCCAGGAAGACUCAGCUGGACGACAUGCUGCUGGAGUGUCGUCAAUUUGACGACAUGCUCAGCGACCUUGAUCGCUGGAUCUCCCAGAUGGAGGACGAACUGAAGGCCAAAUCAGCAACACCAAACUCUCCUGAAGACACACAGAGACAGCUACGAGACUACAAGUCUCUACAUAAUGAGGUGAAUCAAAGGAAACCAGCUGUAGCAAACGUAAAGGAGAUGGCAGGGAAACUGAUAGAGGAGUACAAGGAUGAUAACACCAAGAACAUACAGGUGCGACUUGACGAGGUCCUAACAAGGUGGACACAGUUCCUGGGCAGGUUGACUGAGGCAGAGAAAACUCUGAGAUCCAGUGCCAUUCCCUGGGAGGAGUUUAACACAAAAAUGGCAGAGUUUUUAUCCUGGCUGGACGGUGUGGAGAGUAGCAUUGGGAGGUUGAUUGAGGAGACAAGCAAGCCUGAGGUCCAGGAGAAUGAAGAACUUUGUCGAGAAUUCUUGGUACAGUUCAGAGACCUCCAGGCUGAAGUCGACUCCCACCUGCCAGCGUUUGAGAGUUUGAAUAACAGCGGGCGGCAUCUCUCACGAACAAUGGUGGCUGCUGAUGCUCAACAACUACAGGGGCGUCUGAAGGAGAUGAACCAAAGAUGGCUGAAUCUGAAGAGCAAGUCCAUGGAAAUAAGGAGUCAUCUGGAGAGUAACGCAGAGCAGUGGAUGCAUCUCUUGCAGACGUUACAGCAGCUGAUUGACUGGAUACUGCGCAAACAUCAGGACCUGCUCCACCAGAAACCUGUUGGCGGAGAUGUCAAUUCCGUGCAGCGACAGAGCGACAUGAACGAGAGGCUUAGAGACCAGUUAGACCUAAAGCGCCCCCUGGUGGAGCAGAGCCUGGAGGCUGGAAGGUUCUAUUUACGGGAAGAAGGGGAAGACAAGAGGCUGAGCACUGACAGUGCAGACAGUGGAGAUGUGUCAGAUGAAGAUGGGGCUGGGGAGAAGGAUGCUAGGCAUUUGAUUCGGAAAAUACGACGCCAAGUUAGAUUUCUAAACAGGAAAUGGGCUGAGUUAAAUCAAGACUCAAACGAAUGGCAAGCACAACUUGAUGAAGUAUCAGAAAAAAUGACGAUGCUUCACGAAACAAUGGAGGAUUUGGAUGGUCAGCUAGGGGAGGCAGACCAAGAGAUGAGCCAUUGGCCGCCUGUAGGGGACAUUGUCAUAGAGAACCUGCAGGACGAAAUAGAUAAAACAAAGGGAUUCCAGCAUCGUGUGGCCCCUCUCCAAGGUCGAGUGGAUCAAGUUAACGAUCUAGCCAGUCAGAUUCAAGUGUUAGAUGUUGUCCUAUCACAUAUUCCCAUUAACAAAUUGGAAGGCUUGAACUCAAGGUGGAAAAUGUUGCAGUUGUCUAUAGAGGAGAGAUUAAAACAAUUACAGGAAGCAAUUCGAGAUUUCGGACCCACAUCUCAGCAUUUCCUAUCUGCAUCUGUGGAUACACCAUGGGAGAGGGCAGUGGCUGGUAACAAGGUACCAUACUACAUCAAUCACACCACAGAAACAACCCGUUGGGACCACCCUAAAAUGGUAGACUUAAUGGAAGCUCUUAAUGAUUUAAAUGAAGUCAGAUUUUCUGCAUAUAGAACUGCCAUGAAGCUACGCACAUUACAAAAACGUUUAUGCUUGGACUUACUGAACAUGGCGACUGCUGUGACGGCGUUUGACCACCACGGUCUGAGGGCGCAGAAUGACAAGCUGAUGGAUGUGAUAGAAAUCAUCAACUGUGUGACCACGAUGUAUGAGACUCUGUCAGAGGACCACCCAAACCUGGUCAAUGUACCCGUCUGUGUGGACCUCGUCCUUAACUGGCUGCUGAACGUGUAUGACAUGAUUCGUACAGGCAAAAUCCGGGUGCUGUCUUUCAAAGUGGGCCUUAUUCUGAUGUCCAAGGCACAUCUAGAUGACAAGUACAGAUUUCUGUUUCGCCUUAUAGCAGACACCAACGGUUUUGCAGACGAGCGUAAGAUGGGCCUGCUACUUCACGACUGUAUGCAGAUUCCUCGACAACUCGGGGAAAUUGCUGCUUUUGGAGGUAGCAACAUUGAACCAAGUGUCCGGAGUUGUUUCGAGAAUGUUUUGGAGGCUGGCAGACAGGAGAUCCAGGCAGGAGAUUUCUUGGACUGGGCGCGUCAGGAGCCUCAGUCCCUGGUCUGGUUACCUGUGCUCCACAGACUGGCUGCCUCAGAGACAUCCAAACAUCAGGCCAAGUGUAACAUCUGUAAGGAGUUCCCCAUCGUCGGAUUCAGAUAUCGUUGUUUGAAAUGUUUCAACUUUGACAUUUGUCAGAAUUGCUUUUUCUCUGGGAGAAAGGCGAAAGGUCACAAACUCACACAUCCUAUGCAAGAAUAUUGCUCCACUACCACUUCAGGGGAAGACGUUCGUGAUUUCACCAAGGUGUUCAAAAAUAAGUUCAAGUCCAAAAAGUUUUUUAAAAAACAUCCCCGAUUAGGCUACAUGCCAGUCCAGACUGUGUUAGAAGGGGAUAGCUUAGAGAGCCCAUGUCCAUCCCCUCAGCACAGCAUUUCUCAGGACAUGCACUCCAGACUUGAGCUCUAUGCAACUAGACUAGCAGAAGUAGAACAGAAGCAAGCCAGUUCUGUGACAGAUUCAGAUGAUGAACAUCACUUAAUAGCCCAGUAUUGCUCCAGCCUGAAUGGAGAUACCUCACCUCACACUUUAAAAAGUCCCAUGCAGAUAAUGUUAUCAGUAGACUCUGAACAGAGAGAAGAACUGGAAGCAAUGAUAAAGGAUUUAGAAGAAGAAAACAAAAAUUUACAAGCAGAGUACGACCGGUUAAAACUGGUUCAUGAUGAGGAUGACAGCCAUAUGGAGGAUGAAGCAUUUGAGGCCGUGGAUAGGGACGCAGAAAUGAUUGCCGAAGCUAAACUGUUACGCCAACACAAGGGCCGUCUCGAGGCCCGUAUGCAAAUUUUAGAAGAUCACAACCGUCAGUUAGAGGCCCAGUUACAGCGAUUGAGACAACUUUUGGACCAGCCUCAGGAGAGAAGUAUGUUCUCAACUACUAGUUCCUCCUUACCUACCUCACCAUACACCAACACCUCCACUUCUGUGGGCUCAGGAAAUGUCUCCAGACAACCAGACUUAACACUACACAUCAACGGAGACACAAGUCAGGAUGAGGAUAUGGACGGGAGAAGAAGAGAUGCAUCUGGCAUGGACUCUAAACCGAAAGGCACCAAUAACGUAGGCAACCUGUUCCACAUGGCUGGCCAGGUUGGGAAGGCAGUGGGUACGCUGGUCACUGUCAUGACUGACGAGGACGGCAGUGGGCAGGAGGAUGAGGGUACACAGACGCCCCAGAAACAACCCCCAAAAUCAGCACCCAAGUGAUCAUCCAUAGGGGAGCUCUUGUGGAAGGAGUAUACAUUGUACACUAACCGUCCUGCUACACUGCUGGAUAUGCUCCAAAAGUAGUCUGCACAGCAACACGUACAAGGAAUCCAACAACUGACUGCCACAAUUAUGCACAAGCAGUGAUGUUCUCCUGUUAAUGUUCGAGGGAUGGAUGACACCUGCUGUUUAUCUCAAGAUGAUAACGUGUUCCAGUCGAAGGCAGCUGCUGGCCUGGCGGGUCCUGUUGGCUCUUGAGACCAGUCACAUGUUCGAGGACAGUCAAUGAACAGAGCCAAUAAAAUAGAAUAGAAGAACCAACUGAAUGAGUCCUGCCAUCAAGCAGUGAUAUUAAAAAUAUUGGAUAUUUCAAAGGAUGACCUUCAGCUUUGAAAUCACCAUUUGUUCAGGUUUAACCAGCAUCAGAAUCCACAGGAAGAGCACAUCGCCAAGGCAAUAUGAGGAAAGCAAGCCACUGCCAUGAUUUGAACAACUCACAUGCUGUGGUAUAGACAUUUAAAUUUUCGAAACAGAAUAUUGAGUGGACAGUGUUGCUUAAUUUUUGCUGUCAAAUCUCUGAGUGCCAAAUAAUUAUCACCACCCACCAAAAUAAGGUAAUUUUUCUUACGGUUGAGGGUGAAUUUUUCAACAGGCUUUUGGGUGCACUUGUUCAUGUCAAUCAGGCACGUAAUCGCACAGUCUUGUGAUUGGUUUUAUAUACUCGCAGUUGAUUAUGUGCGAUACUCUUCAUGUACCAUGUACAAAUGCUGGACACUCAUUUAUAUGCCCUUCCAUUUUUUAGCCAGAAAUUUGUGUUUUACCAUCAGUGUGUCGCUAUUAAGGUUGUGAUUUUACACUGUCUUGGAUAAAGUACAGUGUAAAUGUGUCCACAGAGUGAUGUUGACAGCGUUGUGAGCUAAAUUAACAGCUUUUAGAGUUAUCAUGGAAUGAUGCUGUUAAAUAGCCUGGCUAAAUGGUCUUCAUGAGAACCAGGUGGACUAAAGGGAGCUAACUUUUGAUAUGUCAUUGUUCACGCUUGUGAUUACCUCCCUGUAGUGUUACUUGUUGAAAGGGUUCUUGAUGUGCAAGAAAGUACAUUUGUCAAUGCACAAAUUUGACUGAUUUUUACUAUCUCCACUGUUAACAAGAUGUGUUAAUCUGUAACUGCUGUUCAUUCACAGAUGUUUUAUGUUCUGAAAAUUGAAUUUUAACCAACAUGUAUGUCUCACAAAAUUGACCAAUCAUACCCAAGGUGCUAAUUUCAACUGGUCAAAAUCAGUUUUUUUUUUUCGUCAGUAUGUUUAUCCAGGUAGUUGAUUGGUUAUGAACACAGGAGUCUUACAUUUGUGAAUGUGUGUGUGGUUUUGUUGUUGUUGUUAAGACUGUUUAGGCUUGCAUCAGUAAGUUUUAACACUGGGUGUGUGUAUAGUAUGAUUUGUGCACUUAGGUUUUCUUAUUCAUCAUGAUGCACAGCCAUUGUAAAGUACUUUUGUAAGGGCAGCAGAGCAAGCACAGUAUUCUGACAGUGUAUGCUGGUUAGCAUGUUACACUACAUAUGCACCGAGGAGGAAGUUUUAUUUUAUCUGCAAUAGUAUAGUCGUCUGAGAAUAUUUUAAGUUAUUUUGAUUCUCUGUGAAGGUGAUACUUCUGUAAAAUAUUGCCAGGUUUCGCAUUCUAGAAAUGUUUGGGUUUUUUUCUUUUGUCAUUUUGAAUUAAUAUGGUGUUCACAGAAAUUGAGAUGUUUUGGCCAUCAUUGUUCAACUGUUUCUGACAGCACAUUUUGUGUCAUUGAGAACGAAUGGUAGCCUAUAAGAAUGUUCAUUUACUUACUGAUGAACUCUAUCUGUCCAAUGCAUUUAUGUAUAUUAAACUUCACAACACUCAUAUCAUUAUCAUGCUUAGAUUUUAUACAAAAUCAGUAAAAUAAUCUUUCUGAAUCUAAA